AAUGUUCUAAACUUUUUACUACAAAAAAAAGGUAGGCAUGGCAGUUGCAAGGGAUCUAAUGGGAAAGAAAAAUAGCAUCAUCUCGGUGAUUGGAGAUGGAGCAAUGACUGCUGGGCAAGCUUAUGAGGCUAUGAACAAUGCAGGGUUCCUUGGUGCUAACAUGAUAGUUAUACUUAAUGACAACAGACAAGUCUCAUUACCAACUGCUACCAUUGACGGCCCUGCAACACCAGUUGGAGCCCUCAGUAGUACUUUAAGCAAAAUUCAAGCAAGCACCAAAUUCCGCAAUCUUAGAGAAGCUGCAAAAGGCAUCACAAAGCAAAUAGGUGGAAAAACACACCAAGUUGCAGCAAAGGUAGAUGAGUAUGCAAGAGGUAUGAUCAGUGGUUCCGGUUCUUCAUUUUUUGAGGAGCUUGGCUUAUACUGUAUCGGACCUGUGGAUGGUCACAACAUUGAAGAUCUCAUCACCAUUUUUGAAAAGGUGAAAGCAACGCCUGCUCCAGGUCCAAUUUUGAUUCAUGUUGUGACAGAGAAAGGGAAGGGAUACCCCCCAGCAGAAGCAGCUGCCGAUAGAAUGCAUGGUGUUGUUAAGUUUGAACCAACAACAGGCCAUCAGUUUAAACCAAAAUCGUCCACACUUACAUACACACAGUACUUUGCUGAGUCAUUGAUUAAAGAAGCUGAAAUAGACAAUAAGAUAGUAGCCAUUCAUGCAGCAAUGGGCGGCGGGACAGGGCUAAAUUAUUUCCAAAAAAGGUUUCCAGGUCGCUGUUUUGAUGUGGGGAUAGCUGAACAACAUGCUGUUACAUUUGCAGCUGGUUUAGCAGCGGAAGGUCUCAAGCCAUUUUGUGCCAUCUAUUCAACAUUUCUGCAACGUGGAUAUGAUCAGGUGGUCCAUGAUGUAGAUCUUCAGAAACUACCUGUUCGAUUUGCUAUGGAUAGAGCUGGUUUGGUUGGAGCAGAUGGACCAACCCAUUGUGGAGCAUUUGAUAUCACAUACAUGGCCUGCUUGCCCAAUAUGGUGGUCAUGGCUCCAUCUGAUGAAGCUGAACUGAUGCACAUGAUUGCAACAGCAGCAGCAAUAGAUGACAGACCAAGCUGCUUUAGAUUUCCAAAAGGCAAUGGAAUUGGAGCCACUUUACCUCUCAAUAACAAAGGAAUUCCACUUGAGAUAGGAAAGGGCAGAAUUCCGAUACAAGGCAGCAGAGUUGCUAUUUUUGGAUAUGGUUCUGUAGUUCAACAAUGCCUGCAAGCUGCAAAAUUGCUCAAACCACUAGAUGUUUCUGUUACAGUGGCAGAUGCUAGGUUUUGCAAACCUUUGGACACUGAUCUCAUUAAGCUGUUAGCUAAGGAGCACGAGUUUCUCCUCACAGUGGAAGAGGGUUCUAUAGGAGGUUUUGGAUCACACGUUUCACAUUUCCUAAGCACAGCUGGUAUCCUGGAUGGACCUUUGAAGUGGAGAGCCAUGAUGCUUCCUGAUAAAUACAUUGAGCAUGGAUCACCGCAAGAUCAGACAGAAGAAGCAGGACUUUCAGCGAAGAACAUUGCUGUAACAGUCUUGUCUCUUCUGAAAAGGCCAAAGGAAGCUCUAAUGCUAAAGUAA